AACAGUUUCGUCCCCAGGAAUAGAUCCCUACUCAACACGAACUAUUCGUGUGAACAAGGCAGAAGUGAUAGUUAGCGUGCGUGUCAGAACCAUCUCCCGGCCCAAGCAAACCCCAUCUUUGCUCGCCGCUGACGGGCAAGUACAUGUCGCUAUUGCAAGGUCGCUCAACUGAAAGAGCACUGGAGCUUUUGCUGUCUCGUCUGCUUAUAAAAACGAGACAUGCGUCGGGAUUUCGCGAGCCAGGAUCAGGACAACUUUGUCGGCGUUCGGUCUGCGUUUUAUUCCACCAAACUGGGUGGCUGAGUCUAAAGUCGGACGUCAUCUUUGUCCUGCGUUUAAAGGCUUGGAUUUGCCUACUUCAGUGCCAUUGUCUGGUGUGUCAGUGGGAGAAAAAAGGUGAGGAAUGAUGGUACCCAGGCACCGCACAGCAAGCGUGGGAUGUAUGAUUGUGCUGGCCGUAGCGAUGAGCCUAGUGGGGCCUUGCUCCGGGCGGCCAGCAGCUCGCCCUGCAGAAUACCUGCGCAUAAAAUUUAAUGACGUUGGCGAUGGCAGUGUUGGAAAUGGCCACGUUGUCGACAGCGUCGCUACUAGGCGCAUUCGAAGUUCAAGUGACUCCAACUCAGACACCCUGGAGGACAGUAGCGACAGCGCCGAGAGCGACAGCGAUAGCACGGGGGAACCCGUGUCCGAGCUGGAAGCGCAGAGACUCCACACAGAGCAGUUGAUGAUCGCUGCCGUCAAGGUGGCUGUGGCAGACCUGGCCGCUGUUGUACCCAAUACUCGCGCUCUUCUCAAUCAGGUUAACAGACCGAGUGCAACAUCAAUAGGUUCUCUGGUAGGAUACUUAGGUGUAUCUUCUGCAGCUGCUCGUCCUCGACCUCAGGUAGCACGAAUCCCUGGUCCCAGUGGAGGCAUUCGCCUGCAGUCCCAAGAUUUCAACUUCACCGUCGAUCUCAUACCUUCGGAUGACAUGUCCCUUCACUCAGCUGUUCCAUCACCGGGGAUGACCGCCAGUCCUCCGGCAAUUGAAUUCCGCAACUUAUACGUACGGCACAUUCCACGCGAGCUUCCAACGCUGAUGGAUGGCUCGGUGUAUAUCGACUUCACCGUGGAUGCACUUGGCCUGGUUCAAAAAGUGCCCAGACGCAAACUGCAGCCGAACCAGCAGGAUUCAGUGUCGAUGCUCCGCACACUCUCUCAAAUGAAGGCCCUAGUGGAGAAGGGUUCCAUUAAUUAAGCAAGGCUACAAGAGUUCAUUUCUGUUUCCUACUUGAGGAUCACUCAGUACUACUCCAGGAUUCUGACCAUGGACAUGGUCCAUUACUACAUUAGUUAAAAUUUUGUACAUGAUUGUAUUCCCAACAACACACACACACGCGCGUGCACGCACGCAUACAUGUACACAAUGUCAUGUUCAUAAUGUAAUACAGUAGAACGCAUUCUUGCAAUUUUGUCUACUGCAUGGCUGAUAAUUACUAGUACACCCACUUUCAGGAUGCGCUAAGGCGUGCUGUUACAUCUGUGAUAGCAGUUCCAUCUGGUGCAUCAGUAUCAGUAUUA